CCGAGAAUGGACAUGAAAAGUGCUCGCGUGGCUUUGUGGUUUCUUAAAUUUGAGCCCCCGGGUGUUCACCCCUCCUUGUCCCCCCAAUCCCAUCCAUAAUGUUGGACGUAAGCCAGCCUCGAAUGCUGCACCCCUCCUCGUCCCCCUCCUCACUAGGGCCAUCCCCUCUGCACGACAUGCUUGCUCUGGACUCAAAGGUCCCUUCUGGUCACCUCUACGUGCGUGAACCCCACGCCAUCCAGAUCAUACAACUCGUCGAAGCCUCCCCGCCGCCCCCUCAUAAUAUCUCCUCCGUGAUCCAGUCUACUCCGGCUGGUUCGUCAUAUCCGUCCACUUCUGAGUCCGAGGAAGAGGAAUGCUCGUCCUAUUGCUCCUCGGUCGUCACCCCAGACGACUCUUCCCAAGACCGUGAACCGGUCCCAUGGACGGAUGACACCCACAAUGUUCGUAUGAAACGGGUGCAUCUUUGGAGAGACAGCGUGACGGACGCAUCAUCAUCCUGCUCAUCGCCUUUGAAACGCAAGCUGAACUUGCAUCACACUGAUGAUGAUAAUUCGUCCCGCUAUCCUUCAAAACGGCCGCAUACGACCUCCAGGUCAAGUGGAUAUAUAUGUCCUGCUUGUGAUGUUCCAUUUCCUUCACAACCAAGUUUACACCUACACGCUUGCAUGCCGCUCGCGUCCGAGGCAUGCCGCGCAGCGGUCAACUAUCAUUUCGAGUGACCGUUCCAAUUUCCAUUUCAUCCUAUCAUUCUACCCUACCCUACCGUCUUCGCUCUUCGAUUUCUCCCGUCAUGGUCAUUCCGAACAAUGAUCCCUUGUCACCCGCAUUCUGUGCAUCAUAAUGGCCCGGCUGCAUGUUUGUAUGAUAUGAUUUAUUAUUCUAUUGUUUUAGCUUCUCUAGACCUACUGUUCUACCCACUUACUCUACAUACCGUCGCGCGAUUCGAACGGGAGUCCGACGUUAGGGUGUAUUACUUAUCUGAGCACCUAGUGUGCUUCUUAUAUUAAUUAUACCAUAUUAAUACACCUAUUACAUUUUCUCUCGAG